AUGAUUGGGUAUGAAGAAAUCAGUAACUUUGUAGCCUUUGCCGGAAUUUCUGAAUUUGUGGAAGAAAGAAAAGCAUCUGAAUCAGAUACCGAUGACUCGUCCAGUGAUGAAGAAGAUGAGAUUGAUAUCUAUGAAAGCUUCAAAGAAGUUCGUGAUGCUUUGGUUGAAACCGGGAAAGAGAAUCUCGAACUGAAAAAGGAGAAUGCUCGUCUUGAAGAAAAGGUUGGAGAACUUCAGAAGGCACUUCAAGCGGAAAAAGAUCUCAACAUGGAUAAUCUCAAUAUCAUGUUGGAAAAGAUGGAAGCGGUUAAACGAGCAGAUGACAUCACCAAAGAGUACUUUUUGGAGAAGGAGAACUCCAGGAGUCUACAAGCUGAGUUAGAUCAACAUCGAAAGCAACUGAAGAUGUUGACUGGAACUAAGGAACUCGACAAGAUCCUGAGUCUUGGUCGUGUUGGGAAGUCAAAUCUUGGUCUGGGAUACUCAACAGGAAGUGGAUCAACCGGCAAGACAGUCACUUUCGUGUCUGGAGGAAUAGCUCAAGAUGUUGUUCAAGCAGAGACUAGAUCAUCCGCACAGAAACCUGAUCCCAUCCUAAGGAGUGAAAAUCGAGGAAAGACCACCAUGGGAUUAGGAUAUGAGGCUAAGAAAGUCAGUAAUGCUAGAGCAUCACAUCGCCACAGAGGACAUCAAGGGAAACAGUGCUAUUUUUGUGGAGUUGUGGGUCAUAUCAAGGCGUUCUGCAACAAGUUUUGUGCUAGAGUUGAUCACGCCUGGAGACAAGGACGCUACUACUGGAAUCAUGGACUGAACCAAGUCUUCAUCAGGAAGACUGAUCUUUACCAGAAUCCUGCUCGACGUACAGCACCAGGUGGUACAAGACAGCGAUUCUGCUCCAAUAUGGCACUAUUUGAAGAAAGCAAUGAGGUGGACAACACAGGAACGUGGUACUUCGACAGCGGUUGUUCCAGACAUAUGACUGGCAUGAAAGAAAAUCUGCAGGAUGUGAAGCAGUUAAAAGGAGGAAAGGUGACAUUUGGAUGUGGAACCAAAGGAACUAUUCAAGGCAAAGGACGAACAUCUGAGGAGCAGCCACAACUUAUGAAUGUCUAUCUUGUCCAAGGUCUAAAGUCAAAUUUGAUCAGUGUCAGCCAACUAUGCGAUGAAGGUUUAACAGUGUGGUUCAACAAGCUAGAAUGUAAAGCCAUUGAUGCUGACGGAAAGGCAGUUCUACGAGGAGUUCGUUCAGGCAACAACUGCUACAUGUGGGAUCAAUCUGCAAAAUGCCUAAGUGUGCGAGAUGAUGUUGAACUGUGGCAUAAGCGAUUGGGACACAUGAAUAUUCGCCAUCUUACCACUCUGGUGAAUAAGGAGAUUGUUCGUGGUGUUCCAAAACUGAAAGGAUGUGAGAAAAUCGUGUGUGGUCCAUGCAAUCAAGGGAAACAAGUGAAGGUCCAGCACAAGAAGGUGCCAGAUGUACAAUCCAAGUCAGCACUGGAUCUAGUACACAUGGAUUUUAUGGGACCAAUGCAAGUGGAGAGCAUUGCAGGCAAACGCUAUGUCUUUGUUCUAGUGGAUGAUUACUCGCGAUACACUUGGGUGCGCUUCAUUCGUGACAAAUCUGACACCAUGGCGAGUUUCAAGAUUUGGGCACUACAGGUCAUCAAUGAGAAAGGAAGCAUCAAGCGCAUACGCAGUGAUCAUGGGGGAGAAUUUCAGAAUGAGGCUAUGAAGAACUUCUGCAAUGAACAAGGCAUAGCUCAUCAGUUUUCAGCGCCUAGAACACCACAGAUGAAUGGAGUUGUUGAGCGAAAGAACAGAACACUUCAGGAAAUGGCGAGAGCAAUGAUCCAUGGAGGAAAUAUUCCAGUGAAGUUUUGGGCUGAAGCAAUCAACACCGCAUGCUACAUCAUAAACCGUGUCUACAUUCGAAAGGAUUCACUCAAAACACCUUAUGAGUUUUGGAAAGGAAAAAUACCUAAUCUAAGUUACCUUCGUGUCUUUGGAUGCAGGUGUUAUAUUCUGAGUGACAAGGACCAAUUUGGGAAGUUUGACUCAAGGAGUGAUGAAGGAAUCUUUCUGGGUUAUUCAGGCAACAGUUCAGCUUUCAGAGUGUUCAACCUUCGGUCCAAGAUCAUAAUGGAAUCGGUCAACGUGGUAUUUGAUGAUCGGUCAAUCGCAAUUAUGGGAGACUUACCACUGUAUUAUGAUCCAGAACCCAGGCGAGCUGAAGUACAUGAAGAGGAUCCCAAUCCAGACAAGCCUGAGGAUGAAGAGAAGGUUGAAGAACGAGCUGAAGUACAUGAAGAGGAUUCCAAUCCAGACAAGCCUGAGGAUGACGAGAAGGUUGAAGAAGUGCCUGACACGGUGGUUGCCGUAGAACACCCAGUGACUCAAGUUCAUAGAAAUCACUCAUCAAGUGAUCUGAUUGGCGACAUAAAUGAUGGACGAAAGACAAGAGGAAUAAGGCUGAAUUACAAGCAGAUGGUCAGUAUGGCAAUAAUUCAGUUUGAAUGCUUUGUGUCAACCAUAGAGCCUCGGAACCACCUUGAAGCACUUGAUGAUGCAGACUGGAUCAUCUCCAUGGAAGAUGAACUUGAGGAGUUUGUGAGAAACGAUGUCUGGGAACUGGUGCCUCUACCUGAUGGUGUGAAUGUGGUCGGCACAAAAUGGAUAUUCAAGAAUAAGACAGAUGAUGUUGGCAGUGUUGUGCGAAAUAAGUCAAGACUUGUUGCUCAGGGUUACUCACAAGUUGAAGGAGUUGACUUUGAUGAAACUUUUGCCCCUGUAGCACGAUUGGAGUCUAUCAGACUGUUCUUGGGUAUGGCUGCAUACUGA